AAGAAACUCAAAUUAUUAUAAUUUCAAUAUGAAGAUGAUUGUGGCAAUUGUUUGACCCAACUGUAUGGUGUGUCAUGACCAGUUUGAACUAUUGGAAGAAGAUAAAGUAAAUAAAAAUCAUCUCCAAGAAAACUUUCCAAAGAUUUAAUUCAAGAGUUCUAGAAUAAAAGAACAUAAAGAUGGCUGACGCAGAAGAUAAAGAUAUACGGACAUUCAAAGAAAAAAUGUUAUUUUAUACGACGGCCUUUUUCAUCCUUCUAGGUACGUUCAGUCUCUUCGCUUUUCUCUUCUUGGUUCCAUUUGUAAUCGAUCCAGCCUUUACAACGAUCUUUAUGGAGUUUAAUGAGGUGGCUGCACUGUGUGUAACAACAAACACAGAAUCCUUUCAAGGAGUGUCAAAUUGUUCGUGGACAUCAUGUCGAGAAGGAUGCACCAAAGAUGUGUACACAUGCACUCAAAUACGUGUCAAUUAUAAGAUAUUACCAACAGAUGACGAAGAGUCAAUUAUCGAGGAAGUUGCAGAUGCGAUUGAAGGAGAGACAGGCGAAGGUAGAAAUACCAAUGGGGACGAAUUAGGUGCGACGUGGCAGUUUGUGGAUAACGAUAACAAUCGGAAAGGGGUCUAUGCAUUAGCACGCUAUGAGCGUGCAAUCCGCGAAUAUGAUUACAACGAUGACGAUUCAAUACCCUUCCCCAACGUCGAUUCGGAUAACAUAAUCACCGAUGAUUUUUCAAUUUUGGCUGAUGGAGAUGUUGAAAAAGAACGUUUACCAGAUUCAGAACCCACCGGUUUAAUGGGUAAUAACAGUGAAUGGUUUUUUACGGGUGCAAAACUCUUUCCAAAUGUGAAAGGUUGUGGAUAUCCUCCCAUUUUAAACUGUAGCAUAUUUUAUAAGAAGUACAUGGAAAUCGGAACUAAUUUCUCCUGUUAUUAUAGUACAAUUGAUCCAGGGAUCGUGAUAAGUGAAUUAGAUAUGUGGCAAGUUUAUAUGAACCUUGUGUAUGCAAUGGCAAUACCUAUCCCAUCAUUUAUAGCCUCUGUAAUUUAUUUAACAUUUGCGUACUUUAAAAUUUACAACGAUGACGAAGAAACUGCACCUUUGGAAGCGAAUGCUGAAGAUAUGGAUGUCGAAGGUGCAAACACAAAUUCAAUUCAUACAGAAACACCAAUACCUCCGACUAGUGGUGCAAUCACACCCGGCAGUGAAGUAUUUAGAGAAGAUUUAGCUAGCUUCGGCCAUCAAUUAAAAGUGAAAAUGGCUGAUGAAAUGAGUAGAGAAAGUUUAGUAGAUGCCGUCCCAACACUUACCAAUUCAAUAUCAAUACCCGGAUGAGAGGAAAGCUAUCACUCACACCUAAGACUUGCUGCCGUUUAUACUGAGCCCACAAUCAAAUAAGGCUCAAUUCAAUUCAUCAAUUCAAGUGAGUCAACGGUGAUUGCAGUGAAUGAAAUCAUCCAUCACAUCAUUUGUGAACUUAAAAUUCUAUUUUGGCUGGAAGUUCAAAGUUCAAGUUACAGUUCACCAACUCUGAAAUAAAAAAUCAAUCAAAUCAAAUCAAUUUAUGACAUCCGUCGUUACGUUACGUGUGUGUAUGUGUGUUAUUAGCAAAAAUCAAAUUUAUUCAGAAAAAAAAUACUAAAAUAUACGCCUCCACUCCAUGAAUUAUAAAUAAUAGCUGAUAUCACUGCCGCCCUCUGCACUGCACUUCUAAUUUCAUCGUACAUCGUACAUCCUACAUCUGACACUUCAGGUGAUCUUCAGGUGAACACGUCAUGACGUCACGUCGAGGGUCACCAUUUCACAUUGUAAAACUGUAAAACUGUAAAGCUCUUAAGCUGUAAUUGAAGGCAAUAAGAAUAUAUAAAUGUAGUAAUUUAUUGUCUCGAAAAACAUCCUUUAAAUUUUAGUUACAAAUAGAUAGCGCUAGAAUUACAUAGAAUAUGAUAGUAAAUCCAUUUUGCUGACACCAUAUUAAAAUAGAGCUCAUUACCGAUUCCCAUCAACCAAAACCAUCGAUCACAACCAAAGGAACUGACGAUUUUGACGCAAAAACGCGAUCUUAGAUUUUAAGAGGAUGUCUUUAAGUUUUAUAUUGAUUUUGAUGUUCAACGAUCGAUGUCAAAUUAUCUAAUCCACAAAGUGAUUUUUUUUCUAUAUGCGUUCUUUGCUAAAAUAUGCGUUGCGCCCAAAAAUAAAGAAUGCUCAUUUGCAUUAUCAAAUUCUUUAAAAAAAAAAACGCGUUGUGAUAUAUAACAUUUUUU